ACCUGAAAGAUGCUUGGAGGCAUGUCGAAAUAACGUCAUUGUGUCACGCAAUGUGCGCCAUUUUGGAUGGGGAAAAAAUCACAGACGAUUUCCGUGAUCUGAUCCCGACUCUUCACCUUGCCUGUGGAUGUUGACUAUUUUUACCCUAUGCAAGUUACAUUGGUUGAAUAAGCAGUGUUCAGUAAUAGCCAACUCUGCUAAAUGAAACAAUGGCAGGAGUUGCCGGUGGAAAUGACUUUCAGUGGUGUUUCUCACAAGUGAAGGGGGCAAUAGAUGAAGAUGUUGCGGAAGCGGAUAUCAUCUCAACGGUUGAAUUCAACCAUUCUGGAGAGUUUCUAGCAACUGGAGACAAGGGAGGCAGAGUUGUCAUAUUUCAACAUGAACAGGAGGUGCAUUUUUGUAAAAAUAGACCACACCUGCGAGGGGAAUACAACGUCUAUAGCACAUUUCAGAGUCACGAACCUGAAUUUGACUACUUGAAAAGUUUAGAAAUUGAGGAAAAAAUUAACAAAAUAAGAUGGUUACCCCAACAAAACUCUGCUCACUUUCUGCUCUCAACAAAUGAUAAAACUAUCAAAUUGUGGAAGAUCAGUGAACGAGACAAGCGGGCUGAGGGUUACAACUUGAAAGACGAAGAUGGACGUCUCAGGGAUCCCUUUAGAAUUACCUCCCUGCGGGUACCAGUGCUGAUGCCCAUGGAUCUCAUGGUAGAAGCAAGUCCUCGGAGGGUGUUUGCCAACGCUCAUACAUAUCAUAUUAAUUCCAUUUCUGUAAAUAGCGAUCAUCAAACGUACCUCUCCGCUGAUGACCUAAGAAUUAACCUAUGGCACUUGGAAAUCACUGACAGAAGCUUUAACAUUGUAGACAUCAAGCCUGCCAACAUGGAGGAACUGACAGAGGUGAUCACAGCUGCUGAGUGCCAACCAAACCAAUGCAAUGUAUUUGUGUACAGCAGUAGCAAAGGCACCAUACGCCUCUGUGACAUGCGAGCAGCAGCACUCUGCGAUAGGCACACUAAGUUCUUUGAGGAGCCUGAGGAUCCAAGCAGCAGGUCGUUCUUCUCUGAGAUCAUCUCGUCCAUUUCUGACGUGAAGUUCAGUCACAGCGGGCGCUACAUGAUGACUCGGGACUACCUCUCCGUCAAGGUGUGGGACCUCAACAUGGAGAACAGGCCAGUCGAGACAUAUCAGGUUCACGAAUACCUUCGCAGCAAGCUCUGUUCAUUGUAUGAAAAUGACUGCAUCUUUGACAAGUUUGAGUGCUGCUGGAACGGUAGCGACAGUGCAAUCAUGACUGGCUCCUACAACAACUUCUUCCGGAUGUUUGACCGCAACACCAGGAAGGACAUUACACUGGAGGCCUCCAGGGAGAGCAGCAAACCGCGUGGCACACUCAAGCCCCGCAAAGUCUCCACUGGAGGCAAGAGGAAGAAAGACGAAAUUAGCGUGGACAGCCUGGACUUCAACAAGAAGAUCCUGCACACCGCCUGGCACCCCAAAGAAAAUGUCAUCGCUGUGGCAGCCACCAACAACCUGUACAUUUUCCAGGAUAAGAUCAACUAAAAAAAUAAUUGGGCUCCAUCCUGAGGACAAGGCUUUACUGUUCCUGCGUAGUUAAGCCUAGUGGUUUAUCCGUAUCAGAAACUAACAGCCCUAUCGUCCUCCUGGUGGCACUUUUCUCCUUUUGUUGCUGCAGGAGGUUGAUUGGUCUGCCUGUUUUUUAUUUUGAGUCAGAGGUUGAUUUUGCCUUGGGUCAAUCAGUGCCAGGGCAGAGAUCGGACCCGGAGAGCCCACCUUACUUUGAAUCAAUGGAACGGCACUCCCAAGAGGUCAAACUCUUGAACAUUGGUGUUUGUGUUGACAUUUUCAGCCUUUAUUUCAUAAUCUAACAACCAAACAAUGGAAAGCCCUGAAAAUAACCUCUUGUUAUUGUUAUAACACCCUCUUUUGGGCCUUUCUAAAACAUGAUAUUUCCUGGGUUUUAGGCCUACCUGUUAACAUUCCCCCAUUGACCAUGCAUUCAGGCCAAAGCACUUGCAACAGGUCAUGAAUUUGGAAAGUGGACCUUUUUCUUUUCUCUACCCACUCCCUCCUAUCCCCAAUUUAUCCCCCAGACAUGGUAAUCUCAAUGACUGUAUCUAUUCAAGUACACCUUUAUGGUGUCAUCCACUUAAUAAAAGUAACUAAAACUACAGCUAUGUGUUUUAAUAUUUAGAACUGUAUUAAUUCAUGUUCUUGAACUGCUUUGCAUGUUUUUAUGUUGUGGAGGUGGAAAAACAUUGUCACACUUCGGUCUUUUGAGUAGUUCUCUCCAGCCAUCUUCAAAGGAACUACUCUGACGUUUCAGAACCACCGUUUGAGACCGAUCAUGUGCAAGUGUCGAGAUAUUUAUUUGUGUUUCUCUCAUUUAAGAUCCAGGCUGGAAACUUCAUGGGAGGAGAUGCAAGACAAAGGGAAUCUGCAGCCUUAAUACCUACGUCUAUCAAUGACAGCUACUGGUUAUGUCCCCAAAUGUUUUACGAACCUUAUGUGCAUUAUUUUUAAAUUCUAUUUUAUAGAUUUCUCAUUACUGCUGCUAUUUGUGGCUGUCUGUGAAAACACUAGGUAUAUAAUUAGUCAGAGAAAGAGUACUGCACACCAUACAGCUCUAUUGAUAUACAGAUUACCUCCAAAACAUGGAAAGUUGAUGGUUCUUCAUGUCGUAAGAGGACAUUCCGACAAGCCUCUUACAUGUGCCCUUAAAUCAUUUAUUGGGAUCAAAAGUGCAUACUUUGUUUUCCAAGUUACCAAUGCAAAAAUGAAGGUUGAAUUGACAUAUGUACUGGUUAUAACAUUAAAAACAGGAACACUGGUAAUAAAGCAUUUCUCUGUUUAAUAAUUAACAUGGUGGCAAUGUAUUCAUAUGUUUAUGUUGACCAAAGUUAAAUAAAAUCAAAUAAUGUUCA